GAAGGCUGCCAAGCCUUCUUCAUCGAUCUAGAUAUUUCCAUUGAAAGUAUUUAUCCUUUACUUUUAGGAUGGAAACUGAAUGCGAGCCGAAUGGGCUACUUUACAAAAGAAGAGUGGAUGAACGGCAUGAAACAACUGGGCGUGGAUUCGGCAGACAAAUUAAAACAACUCAUUCCGAGCUUCGAGCUCGCUUUGGCCGAUCCCGUUCUUCUCAAAAAGUUCUACCUCUUCACAUUUCCUUACGCGAAAACGACAGGGCAAAAGAGUAUGGAUGUAGACGUCGCCAUCGCUCUUUGGCAAGUCAUUUUCGCGGACAGAUACCCGCAUAUCCCAGCCUUUAUACAGUUCUUGCAGGAAGUCAAACCUGUCAGAGUGAUCAAUAAAGAUCAAUGGUCGAGUCUCUUUGACUAUAUUCGAUCGGUUCCGGAAGAUCUAACGGGUUAUGACAGUUCAUCAUCAUGGCCCGUCCUGUUCGAUGAUUACGUUGCAUGGAAAAAAGGCAAUCAAGACUCAAUGUAGACACACCUGUAUCAAUAAAAUGAAACCAUAGUAGCAUCCUGUAGUAUAUGAUUCCCCGAUGACAGGUUCUUGACAGAUGAAUAAUCUAUUUGAAGGAUCGGAGAUGACAUACUAACACAGCAUCUAACCGAACUGCAUGAUCCAGUAACUACGCUUGUCGACGGGUAACAAAGGUUUGAGUGGGUACAUCAACAUAUCCUUAUUCAAGCCAAUAGAGGUAUCUCAGUUUUUCAAUGGUUGUGGUUUUUUUUUUGGGGGGGGUGUAAACAGAGGGGUUAACACAAUUCAGGAUACAAAAAAAGAUACGAUUACA